UUUCAGUCAAUGUUGGAGAUAUUAUUUCGAGAAGGUGCCUAUACAACGGGUAUAUUGAGAAAAUCAGCCAAUAUGAAAGUAUGUAAAGAAAUUAAAAAGCAUAUAGAUGAAUCUGAUAGUAUUUCAUUAGAAGAUCACCAGGUUUUGGCCAUCGGUUCAGUAUUGAAGGACUACCUGAGAUCCAUACCAAAGAGUUUGUUACUAGAAGAUAUGUAUGAUGACUGGAUGGAAGCUGAAAAGCUGGAGGAGAAAACAGACCAGAUUAAGAAAAUUAAAGAGCUACUUACAACCAAACUUCCAACUUGUCACCUUACAUUACUCAAAUAUGUCAUGUGUGUCUUGCAUCAUAUAGAUGAGAACAGUACGGAAAACAAGAUGUCUGCUUCCAAUUUAGCCGUCUGCAUUGCUCCUAGUUUGUUAUCAUCCAAAAAUAAAAAUGCCAACAUGAAUCCUCAGAGUGUCAAUAGUGCCAUUAAGGUUGUUCAAUUAAUGAUUGAAAACUGUUCUGACAUUUUUGGUGAAAAUGUGGUUCAUUUGUUUGGUUCGAGUAGU